GAUUUAAUGUGUCACGUGGCACUACUUCUUUUGGGAUCUCUUCUUCUUCAGCAACGCCUCGUUUCCCUCCCUAGUUCCGCCGAGAGAAAGGAGAAAAAAAAAAAAGUAAAUGCAAUUGAAACGGAGGGAAUAUUCGCCGGCGAAUUUCCGGUAAAUGUCUGAGUGGUUUAUCAGUAGGAAUCCUACUUUUUCGACGGCAUUCCCAAGUAGUUGUAUUACAGUUGUAAAUCCCAAUUUUAUUCUCCUUUCUUCAGAAUUCGAUUCGUAUACUCCUCAAUGCCUAUUUAAUAGUUUAACCACCACCAUGCGUCUCUCUAAACGCCAACUCUCGCUUCCUCUUUCUCUCUGCUUCUCUACUUUCUCUCCUCGUUCCCGUUUCCAUCAUUUUCCUGGAAAAUAUCCAGCUCCUCGAAGAGAAUUUCUCCACACUACUGGUUCGUCUUCCCUCUUCCUCCUACUACAUCGUUUUGCUUGUUUCAGCUAGGUUUCUUCUUCAUCGUGCUUGAUUUCUUGUUGUAGACCGUUUUCGUGUUCGCUGUGCUCUCUCUUGUUUUCGUAGUAGACUAAUGGUGUUAAUCGCAUAUUCAGUGACUUCGCUAUGACUGAUUUCUAUCUUCCGAUGGAUUUUCGUGUUAGCUAAUUUUGAUAGUAGCUUAGUUUUCUGGAAAUCAGAGUUUGUUGUUAGUGAAGAAUCGUAGAUCGGGAAGGAGGAUGUGGUAAUUAGUAGGUAUCUUUAAUCGUGGAAGUUGCAGUUUCUAGGUUUUGCCUGGAGCAUACCUUGGAAGAUACUUUAGGAUCAGGACUUAACGUGGUGCACGCUUUGAUCCUUUUGAUCGAGGGACAAGCCAGCUGUGUUUUAAGAGUUCGAUGGAAGAUCAGAAACCGAGUGCUCUCAGUGAAAAUGUGUUGCAGUUUCACACUGUGGGCUCCAGAGAUGGAUGUGACGUUCCCCAUGAAUGGUCCUCUCCGGAAGGAGGAAAGAAAAUUGAUAUAAGCAACCAAAUUUUCUGCAAUAGAUCGCUGAAUAUGAAAAAUAUUAUUGCCGUAGGCUUUGAUAUGGACUACACUCUUGCCCAAUACAAGUCCGAAACUUUCGAGUCCCUUGCUUAUGACGGAACUGUCAGGAAAUUGGUAUAUGAUUUGGGAUAUCCAAAUGAGCUGCUAGAGUGGACAUUUGAUUGGAAUUACAUGGUUAGAGGCUUGGUGCUUGACAAAAAGAGGGGAAACAUCUUAAAGAUGGAUCGCCAUAAAUACGUGAAAGUAGCUUACCAUGGGUUUAGGGAGCUCUCUAAGGAAGAUAAAGUUGAAAUCUAUGGGAGCAGCCUAGUACGAGAUUCUUUUGAUGAACCCGACUACGCUCUCAUAGAUACUCUCUUUUCACUGGCCGAAGCCUAUUUGUUCGCUCAACUUGUUGACUUUAAAGAUAAUAACCCUGAAAAAGUUCCCAAGGACGUUGAUUAUGCUCGGAUGUAUAAAGAUGUUCGUGCUGCUGUUGAUUUGUGCCACCGUGACGGAACUUUAAAGCAGAUGGUGGCAAAAGAACCUAAUAGGUAUAUCAAUGAGGAUACCACGAUAGUACCCCUUAUUAAAAUGAUCAGAGAUUCUGGACGUUCUACAUUCUUAGUAACCAAUAGUUUGUGGGACUACACAAAUAUUGUAAUGAACUUUCUCUGCGGAGGGCGCACAGUACAUGGUCCGCAUACUUGCAACUUUGAUUGGCUCCAGUAUUUUGAUGUUGUGAUCACUGGCAGUGCAAAACCUGGGUUCUUCCAUGAAGAUAGCCGUGCUAACCUUUUUGAGGUGGAACCUCAGUCUGGAAUGCUUAUUAAUACUGACAAUGGAACACCUAUGGCUCAGGUGGGAGAUCCUUCACCAAAAAUCUUACUGAAGAGUAAAGAUAAAGGUUGUCGAGUUUUUCAAGGUGGAAAUGUCGGGCAUCUUCACAGUUUGCUCUCAAUUGAGUCAAGUUCACAGGUACUUUAUGUUGGGGAUCAUAUAUACGGUGAUAUCUUGCGCAGCAAAAAAAUACUUGGCUGGAGAACUAUGCUUGUAGUUCCAGAAUUAGAAAAAGAGGUUGAACUUUUAUGGGAACUGAGGAAUAUGCGUAAGGAUCUUAUUUUGAUGAGAAAUGAGCGUGAUUCAGUUGAAGACAAAAUUCAUCACUUGAAUUGGUCUCUAAAGUUUGAGGAUAUCAACGAGAAUAAUAAGCACGAAAUGUUAUCAGCGCUCAAGGACUUAGAGUCUAAAAGAGAUAAAGUACGACAGAGUCAUCAACAAGCUCAAAGAGAAUGUCACCAAAAGUUUCACAAGGUCUGGGGGCAACUGAUGAAAACUGGCUACCAGAGUUCUCGAUUUGCUCAUCAGGUGGAAAGAUUCGCAUGCCUGUACACAAGCCAAGUCUCAAACCUACGCUUGUACUCACCAGACAAGUAUUACAGACCCAGUGAAGACUUCAUGUCCCAUGAAUUUCACCUUCUUCCUCUGUGAUUCAGCCCAAUGACCUCUAUAGCAGUGAGAGAGUAAAUCCAGUAAUGGUCUGGUUUGGUACUUAUUCUUAGUGUCUAUAAACAUUUCUUAGUUUCUCUUGCCUAUUUGCAUUUCAAUUUCACUUGGUACAAGCUUGCGACUCUAGUGACAUGUUAUCUUUUGGAAAUUUGUAUUGAAUGUCGAUGAUAUUCCUUAAAGAGGCAUUUCAGUGUUUACAAAACUUCAUAUUGAUUGAUCAUAUUUGGACCAAA